AUGAAGAGUGACUACAAGACAGGUAAUAUUAUGACAAACUCACAAAAUAUACCGUAUUUUACUUUUUACAACCCUAGCAUACUGUAUUUUACAGUACUGUACUUUUACAAUUAUUUAACUGUCUGUAGCAUUUGUUAUUAUCAUGUUUUUACCAUGACACCAUUGGAUAUAAACUUGUAUAUAUUGUAGGGGAUGCCGCGAAACAAGUCGUGCUGCACGGUGAUUCUUCUGAAGAUGAAAUCGAGGACGUGAGUCUAACUCCAGAAUCCGAGCUGACGGUAGGAAAAAGCUAUCUGAAGUUGAAUGGAUCUCCAUUAAGCGGGAUUCACCCUAGGAUCCGGCCACAGUACUUCGAAGAGCCAGUGGAAGAGUAAGUUGCGACAAUAGAAUAUUGUAGUUUAGGUACGAUGAGUUGGGAUUCAAGAAAGAAGAGGGGAAGAAGCCCCUGGAGCCAUUGGAAGACGAAAACAAUCGGUAAGUGGCUUCUGAAUUUUUAGAAAAGCUGUUUUAUGAAUAAAUUAAAGAUAGCUUCUGAAGUUGGGGUAAAACACCUGAUGUUUUGACUUCUGAAGCCAAUCUUUUGAAAAUGGCUUCAGGAUGUUAGUACAAGAUAACUUCUGAAGGCAAUAAAAACUCUCAUUUUGUAGCCUCCAAUGGAUCGCGCACAUCCAAUUCAAGAACGGCGACGUCGCCAAAGAGAUAACGUGGGACGACGUGGACGGCUACCUCUUCAAGACCCAGAAGUCUGUAGAACUCGUCAAAUGUCACGGUAUUCCUCACUCUCUUCGCACCUUCAUGUGGCCUCGGAUGUGUGGAGCGACGUCGCGUCGCAUCUCUUCGCCGUACAAGUUUGGCGACAUCUUCAAAGAAGCCGACGGCGAGAUUCUGAGCGCGACGUCGCAGAUCGAACGCGACUUGUUGCGGACGUUGCCGAACCACUACUGCUUCUCCAAGUUGGAUUCUCCUGGUACAAAGUGUCUGCGACGAGUUCUGAAGGCAUUGGCAUACUUCUACCCAGAGUUGGGGUACUGUCAGGUAGGUACGGUUUAGCAUAUGUGAUCGUAUAUCAUAAUACUAUACUGUAAAAUAUCUAUAUUAGCCACUUCUAGGGCAUGGGCACAGUUGUCGCGACACUGCUCUUGAUCUGCGACGAAGAGAACGUCUUCUGGAUCAUGUGUAAGAUGAUCGAGAACUUCCUACCAGUCAACUUCUACGGCGACAACCUGAUCGGUCUCCAGGCAGAGGUCAAGGUCAUCGAACAUCUCGUCGAAGUCCAUAUGCCAGAACUAGCACAUCUGAUGAAGAAUGCGGAUUCUGAAGUGUCGCUCAUCAUGGCCAACUGGCUUCUGACAUUGGGAUCGUCGGUUCUCGCGAUGCCAUUGUUAUUUCGCAUCUGGGACAUGUUAUUUCAACAAGGCAUAGUCGUCUUUUACAGAGUAAGCCACUUUUUACAUUAAUUUACAUUGUAAAUUUUGCACCGUGUAGAAAAGAAUUUGCACCGUGCAAUUAAAUUAAACCUUUGCACGGUGCAUAAGCAGUUUACAAACUCUUGCACAGUGCAGUCUCUUCGUUGCACAGUGCAAUCGAAAGCUCAACUAACGCUUUGCACGGUGCAACUUUCCGAACCUUGCGACACCCUUUCGAAAUUAAUGUCGCAGUCUUUCAACAAACCGCAGGAUUUGCGACAAAUAACCGACUAGUGAAAUCUGUGGCAAUUGCUUUUGAAUUUUGUCGCUGCUUUCACAUUCACCGGAGACGUUGUCGCUCUUGAAAGCCGUGACAUUUUUCGGUUUGUCCAUUUCCAAAGGAUCGUGUCGCAAGUGUGGGCAUUGGGCGACAGGACAUGACGGCAGCGACAACCAAUUGUCGCAAUAAGAGUUGCAGUGUCGUUCGAAGUCUGUGAGGCAUUCUUUGCAACAAGAAAGUUUGCGACCAUCGCGACAAGUUUUGUUUUGCAAGAAAAGCGACACAAUUCCGUGGAAAGUCCGACUUUGGCGAUAAGCCACGACAAAUGCAGAUGCGACAAACAACCGCGACAAAAUCGUGAUUUGUUUGAAUUGUCGCCGCGUAAUUUUGUUGUGCAGGAUAAGCGGCAAGUCUCUGUGAAUUGCGAAACUUUUUUGCGACAAAUCGCGGCAGAAGCAAAAGCGACAAAGGGCUGCGACACAACAGUUUUCGUUUUCGAUCUGUCGCUGCGACAUUAAGCUUUUCUGCAUAGUGCAUAUCGAUGAAAGAAAAGCGAGCGGCAAACUUCAGUUGUCGCAAAACUUGGGAGGGUGGUUUACUUGCACGGUGCAGAGAAACUCAAGGUGUUUGACUGCACAGUGCAGUCGUUUUCAAAGAAGAAACGGGAAAAGGGAUUGCACCGUGCAAAGGAAUUAACGAGACUGCACGGUGCAAAAGAAUUGAGGAAAGUUGGUUGCACCGUGCAAGGAAAUAAAAAUUGCUUGGGAAUGAAAUUCAAAAAUGAAAUUAAUAACAAUUGAAUUCAGAUGCUGAUCUCGAUGUUCAAAAUGAACGAAGAGAGGAUGAUCGCUGAACUGAAGGACAAGCCUUUGGCGGUGUUUGUCUUUGUUCAGAACCUCCCGAGCACGUUGACGGAUAUUGACCAUCUCAUCGAACAUAUGACAUCGUUCGAGUUCUCGAUCACGGAACAGACCGUGAUCACGUUGAGAAAAGCACAUCAGGUGAGUUACGGCGACAAUUGGACAGAUCCAUUUUCUUCUGCCAUUUUAAAAUGAUAACGAAUUGAUGUAUUUUCUUAAAACAUAUACAACUAUGAUAACUUAAUGUAUAUGUGAAUACAGCCAAUUGUAAUGUGAUCCACCUUCAGGGCACGAUAAUGAGUGAGAACGGGCUGAUCUAUCAGUCGGACGCGCCCCUCCCCUAUCAAACCACAAAUUCGAGGAAAUUGACCAAAAGCAAGAGUAUCAUCGACAACAUAUUCAAGAGCUCUGAAGUCGUACGUUUACAUUACUGUAGCUAACAAUGACCUUAUACCGACAAAACAUUUACCACAAUAUAUAAUCCUUUACAUAGUAAACAUGCUCAAUAUACAACAUACAAAGUCUAAUUUUAGACAAACGAUCCCAAAACCAAGAACGUCAGAGUGACAGAAUUGAUUGUCGCUCUUCGAAACUCAAUAUACCAAGUGUGCGAUCACUUCAGAACAUGUCCUGAGCAUCAUACCAUCACUAUACAGGUACCUUUUGGUGUAUAAUAUCGCAUAAUCAAUGCUUUGUUAGCUUUUACUACUCAAUUUUGGCCAAAAAUAAUAUAAGAUAAUGUUAAAAAAGCAACCAAAUUGCGCCUCAUCUACCUACAACAAUAUUUUAGGCGACAUACGCAGUGGACGAGUGUGUCAAAGACCGUGAGGAGUUCAAGAACGCCAGAAGGAAGGGCCAGAAGCACGCCCGUGCCCUGCUCGACUUCGAAACCCAGGAACGCGAUGAGUUGUCGUUCAAGAAGAACGACAUCAUCACCGUACUGUCCGAACGUGACGAGCACUGUUGGGUGGGGGAGUUGGCGGGGGAGCGGGGGUGGUUCCCCGCCAAAUUCGUCCAGAUCGUCGACGAAAGAUCAAAGAAAUAUUGCCCCUUCGGCGACGAAAUGCUCACGCCAAAGGUCGGGAACCUGAUCAGGAACUCCCUCUUCAACUCUCUCUUCGCCAUCCUCAGCUACGGUCUCAGGCCAAGUGGCAUUGUCGUGUCCAAGACUCAUCCCUGGCAUUACAUCGAGGCGUUGGCGGAUUCGUUGAUGGAAGCCCAUAACAAUAUCACACAUUCCAAGCUGACUCUUUGCGACACUUUCAACUUGGAUCAGGACGGAAAGGUGAGUACGUUGGAGGCGUAUAAUUGUCGCACGAUGAAACCUUUUACGGUUUCAUCUUUUGACAGUUUGGGUUCCGAAGCGAAAGAUUUAAAGUUAUAAAACCUUGGCGUAAUGCAUCAAUUCCAGAAAAUCUGUCACCAUGACAUGUUUUCUUAAUUUUAUUUUGUAUUUUCUAAAAUUUUAGAUCCUGAGCCCAGAAGAGCUACUGUUCCGUGCUGUUCACGCCAUCCUCAGCUCUCACACCCUUCAGAAUAUUAAGGAUGAUACUCGGCUGAGGUCGCUGAUCUCCUUCGGACUGAAUGAACAAUGUCUUCACCUGUGGUUCGAGGUGUUAUGUGAUGCGAGCGGACAGGAGACGCUGCGCAAGAGCUACUAUCACACUUGGUCGUUUGUGCGAUCGCCGGUUUGGAAGCAGGUGAGAGAUGAUUAAUAAUGUAAAACAACAUAGGUUGUUAUAAAGUUGGAGUCUGUUGGUUAAAGAUGAGUAGAAACUUUAAGAACAGCUUAAAAAAUAUAAUUAAUUUGGUAAUUUGUAAUGAAAAUCAAAUAGAAUCGAGAUUUAAAGGUUUUAUCAUGGAUAAUAUCAGUAUUGUUUGCUUUUACAUUGAUAUUCUUGUGGAUAAUAUCAAAGUAUUUGGUUUUAUAUACUGUAAAUAAUCCAAGGAAAUUUUCCUGAAGUGUUGGCUUUCAGAUCAUGUGUGAACUCCGACUUCUGAGUCAGUUUUGUUUCAAUUUAAACACGGAUUUCGAAGUGCAACAAGCCCUGGAGAGCGAUCGAUUGAAGAACCAGGAGCAAAUUCAGAAGACUCGGAAGAUCGUCAAGAACGUGGGUCCGGUAGAGUUGAGAUUUACUCAAGAUGGUGGUAUGUUGAGUCAGACGGGACAGCCGUUGAAGGAGGGGGUCAGGGACAUGUUGAUCAAGCACCAUCUCUUCAGCUGGGAUCUCUAG